ACUGUCUCAGCUAGGAAGUCUUAGCUGCUGGUGUGUGUGAGAGAGAGCAGGUGGACACAUGACAUUCACAGGAUUCUAUUCAGACAAUUUACAAGUGCUCACUUUCUUUUAAAUGCAGUGUGCAACACAAGCUUGAUCCAGAUGUAAGAAGACAGAAGCAAACAGUGUGUCUCUGGAAAUGCUGUUAAAGGACAAGGAAGUUUAUCACAUAAUAUCUAAAUGAGGAUUGACUUAUUUUACAAAUUAUUUUCCAAAGGACUUUGUUUUCUUCUGUGACAUGGGAUCUAAGAGAAAAUAAAAAAAACAACAGAAUAAAAACAAAAACAACAACACACAAAAGGAAGAAAAAAACCAUUUAGAAUAUAAUGUGAAAAUGAGCUGAGACAAUGAGCUGAAAGUGCUUUUUUUCCCCAAGACAUAAGAAAAUAAUCCUGCUUACUUUUGAAGGAAGGCAUUUGCAACACAAUCAGACAAUGAGCCCAGAAAACUGCUUUUUGCUUGACUUUGAAACAGACAACUUUCCCCUAGCCAGCACCUGUUUGAACCAAAGCACAAACCAUUCAUCUGAAGUUCCAUUUCAACCUGGAGUGAGCUAUGCCAUUGCUCCAGCCUAUGGGAUGCUCAUUCUGAUUGGACUUAUUGGGAAUAUAACACUCAUCAAGAUUUUUUGCACAGUGAAAUCCAUGAGAAAUGUCCCCAAUCUCUUUAUCUCCAGCCUGGCACUGGGAGAUAUUCUACUACUGGUGACCUGUGUCCCUGUGGAUGCCAGCAGAUACCUGGCAGAUAAAUGGAUCUUUGGCAGGGUGGGCUGCAAACUUAUUCCUUUUAUUCAGCUCACCUCUGUGGGGGUGUCUGUGUUCACCCUGACAGCCCUCUCUGCAGACAGGUACACGGCGAUAGUGAAACCCAUGGACAUUCAGACCAACAAUGCAUUAACCAGGAUCUGCAUCAAAGCUGCACUUAUUUGGAUAUUAUCCAUGACUCUUGCAAUCCCUGAAGCUGUAUUUUCAGACAUGCAUCAGUUUCAUGACAAGGAAAACAACAAAACGUUUGUCAGUUGCGCUCCAUACCCACAUUCUGAUGGGUUACAUCCAAGAAUCCAUUCAAUGACAUCCUUUCUGAUCUUCUACAUCAUCCCUCUGUCUAUCAUUUCAGUUUAUUAUUAUUUUAUUGCCAAAAAUUUGAUUCGAAGUGCAUAUAACAUGCCAGUUGAAGGAAAUGUACACGUCAGAAGACAGAUUGAAUCUCGCAAACGACUCGCUAAAACAGUGCUGGUGUUUGUUGGACUCUUCGCUUUCUGCUGGCUACCCACCCACGUAAUCUAUUUAUACCGUUCCUACUACUAUCCAGAAGUGGACACCUCGGCUCUGCACUACAUUGCUAGCAUUUGUGCAAGGUUCUUGGCUUUUACCAAUUCUUGCGUUAAUCCAUUUGCUCUCUACUUGCUCAGCAAGAGUUUUAGGAAACAGUUCAACAACCAGCUCUUCUGUUGCAGGCCUAGACUGAUUGUAAGAUCACAAAGCAUGGGUAGAAGUACCACCAGAAUGACUUCUCUGAAAAGUACUAACCAUUCUAUGGCCAGCUUCAGCCUAAUCAAUGGCAAACAUAUAUGCCACGAAGGUUGCGUAUAGACGCUAUUACUGAGAACAUAAUCCACCAUUUAAAAAAAAAAAAAGACAUUCCUAUAAUUGCACGUAAUGCAGAUAUUAAAUAUUUUAUUGAAUGAUUACUGUAAAUUCAGUUACUAUAAUGUUAUCUAGGAAAGGAUCCCAGUGCAAAGAAACAGUGUAAUAUAAUGUUUUAGCAUAUGUUGCUGCUAUUGAGAGUAACAAAUGUUUUAAUUGGUUGUGGGUAAGGGAAAUCCAUUAAGACUGCCAUGUGGUGGACAUUGUAUUGGAGGUGACGAUGGAGAAUUGCUUUCCGCAAAAUUCUGAAAAAACUUUGUAAGAUAUUUUAAACAUUUGUGAAAGGUAAUUUAUGUUUUGCUUGCAGUAACUAAGUUAUAGCAUUGUUUACUGGCUCUAAAUGGAGCCAAUUUUAAAUCUUUGAGUGCCAACGUGAUGACUGCAAUACUUUGAAGUAAACAAUCUAAUGACUUCAAAGAGUUGAGUUAUAACUUACCUAAUAAAAGUAAAAGCCAUGUGAAUAAAUAAAAUGUGAUUGAGAGCAGUUAAAAGGCAAUGUAC